AUGUCGGAAUCCGCUUCGUUAGAUAGGUGGAGAGAGUAUUUCCGGCGAGGAGAUUCCGAUUCCGACAUAUUCGAGAUCAUCGAUCAUGCGAUCAUGGUGGCUGCUACAGAUUGUCCAACGAAAUUCAAAUCGAGGAGAGACAAAAUCGCAGAGCUUUUGUUCUCUUGUAGAGUCAGUCGCUGCAUCGGUUGCGACCACCUUGAGCUCUCUGUUCCCGGAGAAGACGACGAAGAGGCUGAUCUCCGCCGUGGAAAAGGAGUUGGUGACGGUGGAGUUACGGUGGUUGAUGGUAGUAAAGAGAGUAAAGCUAAUAGUAAUCAGAUUGUUAGCAAUUAUACUUAUGAUGAAGCUGAGGCAUUAAGUGAUGCGAUUGAAGAAUUCUCUGUUGUUUCUAAGGAAGUUUGUAGGAUUAAAGAUAUUUUACUCAACAAAGAAGACGAGUCGAAUUCGGUGGUUCUUGAGUCGUUGAGAAAGCUUAAGUUGAUGUCUUUGAAUGUGGAUAUUCUUAAGAGUACUGAAAUCGGAAAGGCUGUUAAUGGUCUGAGGAAACAUGGUUCCGAUAACAUUCGUCAACUCGCAAAGACUCUUAUCGCUGAGUGGAAGGAGCUUGUGGAUCAAUGGGUGAAUACCACAAAGGAAAUCACUGGUGCUGAAGGUACACCAGAGUCUGCAAAUCCGUCUGUCGUUGAUGAAGAAGAAGCGUUAGCGUUUCCAUCUCUUCCUUAUGAUCUCGAUAUCUUUACACCAGAACCAAACGGAUUUGAAAUCUCACAUUUCUUUGAUUCAUUGGACUUUGAUGGAAAUCCUCAUAACACUGGAGGAUACAACACAAGCCGAGAACACGAAAGAAGACCACAAAAUAUUUCUAAGAGAAAACCCGAGGGUACACAAACGAGGAUACAAGACGGUCCUUUUAGGUCUAGUAAGCCAUCAUCAGCUACUGAUUUUGAUGGGGCUAGGAGACCUCUAAAGCAAAAUACAGAACAAAGGAUGAAGACCGAAACGGUAUCUGUCCACAAGUCUGAAAAACCUAUGAUCCAAAGGAAACCGGUUGUUACAGAACAUAAGCGAAAAGCUCCCGGACCUCAACAAGAAAAACUUAAAGGUCUUGACGCAGACGCAAAGUUUGAGUUUGCCAAGAGGAAACUUCAAGAGAGCUACCAACACCAUGAGAACGCCAAGAAGCAGAGAACAAUACAAGUACUUGAGACAAUCCCAAAGCAAGGUAGCGGUCAGAAACCGCAACUCAAGAGACCUGGAAUGAACAACAGGAAUUGGGCAAACGGGCGAAAAUAG